GAGAGAAAGGAGAAACAAACGCGAGACAACAACAACAAGAGCAACCAGCCAGCGACCAACCAAACAAAAACAGAGCAGCAGCAGCACCAGCAGCAGCACCUCCUCCUUUGUAUCAUCAUCGUGCUGUUGCGCCCGCCCCACACGCUUGGUAGCUUUGGUGGACACGACACAAAUCCUCACACACACACACACACACACACACACACACACACACACACACACACAUACACACACACACACACACAAGAUGAGUGAAGUCAAGUCGAAGAUCAAGCGUGUGAGUGCGCUGAAACAACGGGGUAAAGUCUUGCGCGACACGAACCCGCUGCUGGCCGUUUUCCAAUGGGGCUGCAACCACAUGAUGAACGAGGCAGAGCUGGUGAGCGACCAGCCGCUGAUUCUGGACAGGGACUUCAAGGCGUUUUCAAAAGUCCAAGUUCACAACCAAUACUACAAUGAGCAAGAGCUUCCGAACAAAUUCAAGGUUAAGGAGUACUGCCCAGUUGUGUUCAAGAGCUUGAGACAUCGUUUUGGAGAAGAUCCCGCCGACUACCUUACGUCGAUCUGCGACGGUCAAAUCUAUGGCGGCAAGUCCACGGGCAAAGGCGGUGGCGACAUCUACUACACACAUGACCACAGGCUGGUGAUCAAGACGCUGGCAAAGGAAGAAGUGGCGUCCUUCCACCACACAUUCAAGCAGUAUUACUCGUACAUUGUUGAGUGCGACGGGGACACGCUGCUUGCGCGGUAUCUUGGCAUGUACCGCAUCACCGUGCACGAGAAGGAGACGUACAUGGUCGUGAUGAACUCCAUCCGGCCCGUUGGCAUCCCCACACACCGCCUGUACGACCUCAAGGGGUCGAAGGUCGACAGAAAAGCCAGCGACAAGGAACGUGCAAAGGACCUACCGUGUCUCAAGGACAUUGACUUUGAGGAAGCGCAGGAGCGGCUGUAUCUUGGCGGCGACACCGAAACAUUCAAGGAAACACUCAAGCGCGAUGUGCAGUUCCUUGAGAAGCACAAUCUCAUGGACUACAGUCUGCUCGUGGCCAUCCACGACUGCAACGAGCAGACGCCUGGCGAGAUUGACCGGGAUGUCGAUGUGUAUCACGUUGGUCCACACGCCAAAGACCUGAAGGCGGACCCGAAGCGCCUCUACUUUAUCGGCAUCAUCGAUGUGCUCACCGUCUACAGCACCCGCAAACGCGCAGCGCACGCGGCGAAAACAGCGAAACACGGAGCGCGUGCGGAGAUCUCCACAGUGAAGCCUGACCAGUACGCAAAGCGACUGCUUGAAUUUGUGUCGUCCAUGUUGGCGUGACAGCAGCACGCCCACCAGUGGUGUUGGUGGUGAUGAAUUGCUCCUUGCUUCAUAUCACAAUGUGUUGUUCCCGUUCAUGGUUUCUUUGUUGACUCGACGGUGGUGACGCAGGGGACGGGGAGAGGGAACAGAAAGUGUACUUUACAUUGAGAAUCACUGAAGAAGAAACGCCAAUCAACAGCAACGGCAACGGCAGUG